ACUCAGUGCAGAAAGAAGCCGCGGAUUUGAUUUUACGCAGCUAGCGAGCUAGCACGUACUACUGUUUGAGUGGACCGUUUAAUACAUCGUUUUCUCCGAGAAUGACACGAUUCUGCUAGUCAUUGUGUCAGACUUUUUAAAAACAAAAUGAAUCUCGACAGACUUCGAAAGCGAGUACGACAGUAUAUCGACCAGCAACAGUAUCAAAGUGCUCUUUUUUGGGCCGAUAAGAUAGCAUCCCUUUCCCACGAGGAUCCCCAGGAUAUCUACUGGCUAGCUCAGUGCCUUUACCUGACCUCACAGUACCACAGAGCCUCGCAUGCUCUCCGAUCACGAAAACUUGACAAGCUUUAUGGAGCUUGUCAGUACCUUGCUGCUAGGUGCCAUUAUGCUGCCAAAGAGUUCCAACAGGCCUUGGAUAUUCUGGACAUGGAGGAACCUGCUAGUAAGAAGCUGUUGGACAGGAGUGUAAAGGAGGACAGUGGAACAAGAGAAUCGGCCAAGGACUGGGACAUGUCCCCUGCCUCUAUCAGCAGCUCCAUCUGCCUCCUGCGGGGUAAGAUCUAUGAUGCCAUGGACAACAGACCAUUGGCCACCUCCAGCUACAAAGAGGCCUUAAAACUGGAUGUAUACUGCUUUGAAGCUUUUGACCUUUUAACAUCCCACCACAUGUUGACUGCACAGGAAGAAAAAGACUUCCUUGACUCACUGCCUCUGAGUCAACAGUGCACUGAGGAAGAGGAGGAGCUGUUACACUUCCUUUAUGAGAAUAAGUUAAAGAAGUAUAACAAACCCAGUGAUUUGGUGGUGCCAGAGAUGGUCAAUGGUCUACAGGACAAUUUGGAUGUAGUGGUGUCACUUGCUGAGAGACAUUAUUAUAACUGUGAUUUCAAGAUGUGCUACAAACUAACAUCAAUGGUGAUAGUUAAAGACCCCUUCCAUGCCAACUGUUUACCAGUCCAUAUAGGAACUCUGGUGGAGCUUGGAAAAGCAAAUGAGUUGUUUUACCUCUCACACAAACUUGUAGACUUGUAUCCCAACAACCCAGUAUCCUGGUUUGCUGUUGGCUGCUACUAUCUCAUGGUUGGCCAUAAAAACGAACAUGCUCGUCGAUACCUUAGCAAAGCCACCACAUUGGAGAGGACUUAUGGCCCUGCGUGGAUUGCCUAUGGUCAUUCAUUUGCAGUGGAGAGUGAGCACGACCAAGCCAUGGCUGCCUACUUUACUGCUGCCCAGCUGAUGAAAGGGUGUCACUUACCCAUGCUUUACAUUGGCCUGGAGUACGGUCUGACCAACAACUCCAAGCUGGCUGAACGUUUCUUCAGUCAGGCCCUGAGUAUCGCUCCAGAGGACCCAUUCGUCAUACACGAGGUGGCAGUGGUUGCAUUUCAAAAUGGAGACUGGAAGACUGCAGAGAGGCUGUUUUUGGAUGCAAUGGAGAAGAUUAAAGCCAUAGGGAAUGAGGUCACUGUGGACAAAUGGGAGCCAUUGCUAAACAACUUGGGUCAUGUGUGUCGGAAACUGAAAAAGUACAAUCAGGCUCUCGAGUACCACCGUCAAGCACUGGUGUUAAUCCCUCAGCACGCCUCCACCUACGCUGCCAUAGGAUAUGUGCACAGCCUCAUGGGCGACUUUGAGAGCGCUAUUGACUACUUUCAUACGGCACUUGGACUGAAAAGGGAUGACACCUUCUCUGUAACGAUGCUUGGUCACUGUAUAGAGAUGUACAUUGGUGACACAGAUGCCUUUAUAGGCACCGACAUUAAUGACAAAGUGCGAGGCAACUUGAACACUCCAGCACUGAUUAAGAUGCUGAACACAUCGGAGCCUGGUGACCUCCUAGCCACGCCAAGAGUGGAAGACACCAGCAUCACGUCUUUGGAAACACCACUGUCAAAUCAGGACAAGAUGAUGCUGGAGACACCUUUGCGACUCUCUUUAACCUUGGAGUGUGACAUGUACGAGAGUGACGUCAUGUUAGAUACCUUAUCGGACACCAGCACGUGAUGUCAUCCUGUCAGCGUGUGGAGCUGUCACAGCAGCAGGUUGUCAUAGGUACACAUAUCCAAGCCCAGGGACAUUCAACAUUCAAAUCAAAAUGUUGGCACCUGUCCUUUGCCAAAGUUUUACUUUUGGAUUCAUUCUCUUUGUGCAUUCGAUAUGUUUGUUUCUGUAGGUGAUAAAACAGAAAACUGCAUCUGAAGUAUGGUUAUGAGUAAGAAUGAGGGUAAAGUUUCAAUACAGCAACUGCUGUAUGUCAUGUAGGAGUGCACUUUUAAAGGGAAAUGAAUGCCUUGGUGAAGGCUGUUGAGUGUUUUGUUGAGAAUUGGGCCUUGGCUUAAACAUAAAGACAAUGAGAACAUGUGAACUUCUGACACUUGGCUGAACAGAGUGAAAAGCCUCCACUUCUCACAUCAUGACUUAAAGACUGUAAUCUCUUAUUGCUGCCCAUGGCAGGACCCUCCACAUCACUUAACCUGUGGAUUUUCACCUUGAAUUGAGAGCCAAGCAAUU